UUGCUUCUGACUUUAUUUGCAUUUUGAUAAAGCUGAAUCUCCUGUUAAAUAAACCACAGCGGAACGCUUCGGUUUUUGCGGAAACGAGUGCGGAAGGAAAACUGUGCAGGAGUGCAGCCUCCGGACAGAAUUAACGGUAACACCAGCUGGAUACAUGUGAGUGUUGUCGUGGAUACGGAGCAAUGCGGCGACUGUACGUCGGCGGGUUGAGCCACUCGAUCACCCAGAAGGAUCUGAAGGAUCGAUUUGGAAAGUUUGGAGUUGUGGAGGAUGUGGAGCUCCGGACCAGGAAGGACGAUGAAGGGGUUCCUUACAAAACAUUCGGCUACAUUAACAUCAACAUUUCAGACGCAGACCUGAAGAAAUGUAUGACGGUGCUGAACAAAUCGAAAUGGAAAGGAGGAACUCUGCAGAUUGAAACAGCCAAGGAGAGUUUCCUGCACAGACUUGCUGAGGAGCGGCAGGAGGCGGAAGAACAGCGCCUCCAGCAGCCCGCAGCUGAGGACAAGAGACAGAAGAUGCUGGACUCCCUGAGCAAAGCUGGUGUACACGACUUCACCAUGAAGGCUGCGGUGCCGGGAACCGAAAUACCAGGACAUAAGGACUGGGUGGUCAGUAAAUUCGGACGAGUCCUCCCCGUCCUGCAGCUCAGUUGUCGGAAAGGCAGCAAAGCUCGAACUCUGAAGUACGACCCGUCCAAGUACAGCCACAACAUCCGCAGGCUGAAUCCGCCCACCGAGGACGAGUCCACACCUGUCACCCAGCUCACCUGGGAGGUAUCGGGAGGAGAUGAUGACAUCAGCAAGAAGAGGCGGGGCGAGUUCCCCCCAUAUCAGCCACCGAGACCCAAGAAGAGUCGGACAGACGUGGUCAUCUCCCGUAAUGCUGUCGGCAGAAUCGGAUUCGAGAAGAUUGAAUCUGUCAACAACGCCGAGGCUCAUCGGGUCACCAACGGAUUUGAACUUCCAACCUACCACAGACUGGCUCAGAGGAGAGGGGCACUUGUAGCUGACAGUGACGACGAUUCAGACGAGGAAAUCCGCAGGCUGGUGGCGGUUCAGCAGAGCUCCCAUGGUGCACUGUGGCAGGAAGCAGAGGAGGAUAACCUAGAAGUGGUCGGACAUGACUACUUGGUGAAGUCUGGACUCUCCGGUCAGCAGCAGAAAGGUAGGCCAGAUGAUAAAGACGAUGAAGACUACGAUUCUGCCGACACGGAUGAAUUAUUCGCUUCCAGGAAACCUCCACCGCAGGAGAAACUUACUCAACUCGCUGCAGAAGACGUCUCGGGAAACAACACAGACAGGAAGAGAAAGACGAAGAAGAAAAAUAAAGCUGGUGAGCAAGAGGAAGAGGAGGAAAAGUACGAUUCAUCAGAUGCUGAAGAACACCUCCCCUCCAGAAAACCUUCCUCCUCACAGCACAGAGAGGAUUCUGGGAAACAAGGCAGCAGCUCUGAGAACCAAAGUAAGAAGAUGACAGUCCUCCCUGUUGUAAAACCCCCUUCCUCAGAAUCAGAUAGUGAUGAGGAGGAUGAUGAUGAUGAAUCAGAUGAUGAUGAUGAUGAAGAUGAUGAGGAGUUAGAAUCAGCGGAUUCAGAUUCAGAUUUAGAUUAUGAAGCCAUGUUUUCUAAUGUGACCCGUCUGGAGAUCUCCCUGGCUGAUCUACAGAAGCUCGCUGAAGCUUCCCAGGAAACCUCUGGUACUACAUCUCCCAGCAUGCUCAGCGCACAAGAAACUAACCUCAUGUCCAACCCCGGUGAACGACCUGCUCCCAAGAAAGGCACUAUGCCGGAAGAAAUCCUCGCUGCCAUCAUGGAGGAGGACAGCAGCGAAGACGAACGGAAGAAGAAAAAGAAGAAAAGAAAAGACGUCACGGCGACGCUGCUGCCGGCCUUCCAGGGGACGAGAGCGCUGAAUGAGGGAUCAGACACAGACGAGUGUCAGAAGAGACAGAAAGAGGAGGAAGAGGAGGGAAGUGUGGUUAAAAAACAGAAGCUGGACUCUGAAGUUUCUCAGAUGAAUCACAAAGCAACAGACAGCAAAACCAGCAGGACUCUGAGCGGACAGAAACACACAGAAACGGAGAAGAUGAUGUCAGAGAGCAGUGAGGAAGACGAGGAGGAGGAGGAGGAGGAGGAGGAGGAGGAAGAGGAGAAAAGGGAGGAGCUGGUGAAGAGCGUGGGUACUCCAAAAGUUUUAAAAAAGGCUCCAACUAAAGUUCCAGUAAAUGCUGAGAAAGCUGAAACUGGCUCCUCCUCUAGCAGUGAUGAUGAGGAGGAGGAGGAUGAUGAGGAUGAGGAAGAGGAGGAGAAGAUAAAAGCCACUCAGAGCGUUCUUAUAGCUAAAGCUGCAGCAAAGGCUUCACCUUCAUCCUCCAGCUCCUCCAGUGAGGAAGACGAGGACGAGCAAGAGAUUCCUUCUGCUAAAGAUGCUGUGAAAGCGGCACCUCCCCCUGCUUUUGACAGCGAGUCCUCUUCCAGCGAGGAGGAGGAGGAGGAUGAAGAGGAGAAGGUGCCUGCUCCUCCUCGGGUGGUGUUAGGGGCUAAGGAGGAAGAGGAGCGGCAGAGGAAGGCCAACAUGAGGAGGCUUGCUGCCGUCCAGCAGAGACAGAAAGAAGCUGAAGAACACAAGAAGCUCAUCCAGGGAGCUCUGGCCAACCUGGACACUCCGGCGGCAGGAGCAGGGAAACACAUCGUCUUUGGCUCUGAUGAUGAUGAUGAUGAAGAUGAUGAUGAAGAUAAGCAGCAGACACCCUCAGAGGUCACAACGUCAAAGAAGACCCUGUUCCAGGACAGCCAAUCAGAGGACGAGUCUACAGAUGAUGAGGCAGCAGCCAAUGAGAACGGCCCAACAAAAGAGAAGGUGCGUCUGAAGCCGUCGGGCCCUCAGCUGUUCGGCAACAGUGAGGAUGAGGAGGAUGGCGAUGAAGAGGAGGAUGACAGCAGGUUUGACAUCAGGCCUCAGUUUGAAGGUCGAGCAGGACAGAAGCUGAUGGAGCUGCAGUCUCGCUUCGGGACAGACGACCGUUUCCGGAUGGACUCUCGAUUCCUGGAGGAGGAUGAGGACAAAGAGGAGGAGUCAGAGAGGAAGACGAGCGUGACCGAGGAGGACGAGGCUCUUGAGGAGGAGAGGAAGAAGAACCUGUCCAUCUUGCAGGGCGUCCUCGGCAGCAGCCAACAAACCUGCAGCAGCAAGACAGCCGUCAAAGCCAAGACCUUCAGAGACGUCUCAGCGCUCCAUUACGACCCAAGCAGAGAGGAACACGCUGCGUUUGAGACCAAAACGGACGAAACCAAGAAGGAGAGCAAGUCGGCCAGGAGGAAGAAGAGGGAAGAGGCUCAGAAGCUCCCUGACGUUUCUAAGGAGAUUUUCUACGACGUGUCCGGAGACCUGAAGGCCCUGUUCGGUCAGACGAAGGAUGACGUCGCUGGAGGAGAAGAGAAGACGAGCUGGGACCAAGAGGAGGAAGAGGAAGAAGUGGACCAAGGAGGGAAGGAAGAAGAGCAGAUCCCUCUGUCAUCUCUCCUCUCAGCAGAUACCAGCGCAAAGACAGAGGAGUCGUCCGGGUUUAAAUUCUCCUUCUUUGGAGACGACACAGAGACAGGAAGUACAGAGACGGCAGCAGCAGCAGAGUACAAGGUGGAGAGCAUCCAGGCUCCAAAGGUGUCAUGGCAACAAGACCCACGUUUACAAGACAGCAGCUCGGAGGAGGAAGAGGAAGAGGAGGAGGAGGAGGAGGAACAUGAGGAGAAAAUCAGCACUGUCGCUAAAACCACAGAAGAGGAGACUCCCUCGAAGAAAGAGCUCUUCUUCUUCUACCCUGAAGACAGCAGAUUGACAGAGGGUCCGAGGUUGUUCUGUCGUUCCUCUCAGCUGGAGGAGCAGAGGGAGCAGUGGGAGGAAAUGAGGAGCGCGCUCAGACAGGAGUACCGCAAGAAACACAAAGACGCCCGCAGGAAGCUGAAAUCCUCCCACAGGAGCUGAGGAUUAUGGGAAGUGAAGUCUCUGUGUUUCAGUUUUGGACUCACUGGUCUGGACUUCAGAAUCAGGAGCUGACAGAUUAUUUCCUUCUUCUUGGUGUCAUUUUGACUGAUUUUUAACAGUCUGAAGGAGGGAAGAAGAAAACCAGACAUCAGGAGAAAGUUAAAGAAUAUCAGGUUUAUUUUUUUAUUUUAAUAAACACUGAGAAGACCUUUUGUUGUCAGAGCUUCCUGUUGAAACAGCUGCAUCUGAUUCUCUCGUUGAACUUCUGGACAAACAGCAGCAGCAGCAGCAGCCAGUCACAGCUUCAGAGGACCAAACCUGUUAGACAUAAAUGAAUGAAUGAAUAAACAAAAUGGUCAAAUGAACAGAGAAAUAAAUAUAUUAAUAAUGAAAUAAAAAUAAUAAAUAUGAAAAGGUCAUUGUUGCUUCAGGGUUCAGGAUAGAUGUAUUUUGUUAAUCCAUUAAUUUAUUUUUUGUCAUUUAUUUCUCCAUUUAUUUGGCUAUACUAUUCAUUCAUUCUUUUUUUUGUAUUAGUCAGGUUUGGUCCUCCAUACAUCACAUCAUAUAGUAUAUUUCUGUGUCACUGUUGGUGCCACAGCUGAAGUCAAAGUAAUGAGACUUGUGAUUUUCACUGUGGACUUGUUUGCCUCAUUACAGUUGAUUUGAGAAGCUUCAAUGUCACUUUGUGCUGUAAAAAUAAAGUGAAAUGAGAUUGUUUAUCUGAACAUGAA